CGCCGCCGCGUCACCGGCGCUCAGCGGAGCAUCCCGAGUCUCGAGCGACGAGCAGAACGCGCAAAUGAUGAUUUCUGGCGUUUUCAUUCGCUGUAGGUGAUGGUUGCACACCAAAGAGGACUCGUUCAUUAUGGCGCGAGCCGUGGAAUAUUCCCUGACGGGUGUUCUUUGAGUGAGGAAUGUCAGCUGGUGUUUCUUCUGUCGGGAUUCACGCGCAAAUUGCAGGAAGAUGAAGAAGCAAUUCAACCGAAUGCGACAGCUGGCCAACCAGACCGUGGGCAGAGCAGAGAAGACAGAAGUGCUGAGUGAAGAUCUGCUGCAGGUGGAGAAGCGUCUGGAGCUGGUUAAGCAGGUGUCUCACAGCACUCAUAAGAAGUUGACUGGGUGUCUGCAGGGUCAGCAGGGUGUGGAUGUGGACAAGCGCUCCGUCCGCUCGCCGUCAAAGAAGCUUCCCCUGACGUCUCUGGCUCAGUGUCUGGUGGAAGGAGCUGUGAUUCUGGGUGACGAUUCUCUGCUGGGGAAGAUGCUGAAGAUCUGUGGAGAGACGCAGGACAGACUCGCUCAAGAACUUCUGCUGUUUGAGCUCCAGAUCGAGCGAGACGUCGUUGAGCCGCUGUACACUCUCUCUGAGGUUGAAAUUCCCAACAUUCAGAAACAAAGAAAACAUUUAGCAAAACUGGUUCUGGACAUGGAUUCUGCUCGCACACGGUGGCAGCAGUCGUCCAAAUCCUCAACUCUGACUAAUAAGGACACGCCCACCGGGGCCAAAGCCGACGCCCUCAGGGAGGAGAUGGAGGAGGCGGCCAUUCGCAUGGAGAUCUGUAGAGAUCAGCUCUCGGCGGACAUGUAUAGUUUCAUGGCCAAAGAAAUCGACAAUGCAAACUACUUCCAGACGCUGAUCGAGGUUCAGGCCGAGUACCACAGGAAGUCUUUGGAGCUACUCCAGAAUGUUCUGCCACAAAUUAAAGCGCAACAGGAGUCGUGGGUGGAGAAGCCGUGUUACGGGAAACCGUUAGAGGAGCACCUGACUCUGAGCGGGAGAGAAAUUGCUUUCCCCAUCGAAGCGUGUGUGACCAUGCUGCUGGACUGUGGCCUACAGGAGGAGGGUUUGUUUCGAGUUGCUCCGUCUGCCUCGAAGCUGAAGAAGCUGAAGGCGUCUCUGGACUGCGGGGUGCUGGACUUUCAGGAAUAUUCUGCAGAUCCUCACGCCAUCGCAGGUGCUCUGAAAUCAUACCUGCGAGAGCUACCCGAACCCCUGCUGACCUUUGACCUUUAUGAUGACUGGAUUCAGGCAUCGAACAGUAUUGUGGAUCAGGACAAGCGUCUGCAAGUGUUGUUCUCGACCUGUGAGAAACUUCCUACAGCUAACAGCAACAACUUCAAGUAUUUGGUAAAAUUUCUUGCCAAGUUGAACGAGUAUCAGGAUUACAAUAAAAUGACGCCAGGAAACAUUGCAAUUGUUCUGGGGCCAAACCUGCUUUGGGCGCAUACAGAGGGGAACAUCACAGAGAUGAUGACCACAGUCUCGCUGCAGAUCGUGGGGAUCAUUGAGCCCAUCAUCCAGCAUGCUGAUUGGUUCUUCCCCGAAGAGAUCGAGUUUAACGUGACGGGAAACUACGGCAGCCCCGUCCACACCAAUCACAACGCCAACUUCAGCUCCAUGCCGUCGCCGGACUUGGACCAAUCAGAUCGCAGGCAGCAGGACCAGAGCCGACGCCCACUCAGCGUCGCCACCGACAACAUGAUGCUGGAGUUCUACAAGAAAGACGGCAUUAGGAAAAUCCAGAGUAUGGGAGUGCGAGUGAUGGACACUUCCUGGGUUUCUCGGAGAGGCUCCUCCUCCUCGUCUCGUAAGAGUUCCUCGACUCCGCCCAGCCUUCAGCUGCCCUCUGAUUCACUGAGCCUCGAGCAGAUGGCUGAUGACUCCGCCUCCCCCUCACAGACUCCGCCCCCCAUCAGCGCCGAUAGGACCAGCACCCAGAAGAAUAAGGAGCCCUCGCCUGUGAUUGGUCAAAGAGGCGUUUCACCAACGGCUCCCUCUGCUGGACACAACCAGCUGUCUGACCUGAGCCCUCACACGCUGCACAGAGUUUCCAAGAAGCUGGCCCCCAUCCCUCCCAAGGGUCCGUACUCUCCGUCCAGCUGUGUGUCAGAUCUGUCUCCGGGUCCGUCUCCGGUCAGUCUGUCCCCGACGCCCCCCAGCACCCCGUCCUCAUACAGCUUCAGUUACCCGCAGGGCUCCGUCCUCACCUCGCCCGGACACAGCCAGACGCUCGCCGGGACCCUGCCCAAAUCACGGCCCAAACCCCCCCGCCAGAGACCCAGCCUGCCCCCCCCGCAGCCGCCGCCGCCGGACGCUCUGUCCGCCGGGGAGAACAUGUCUACAGACUCGUGCUGUGAUUUGGACGUUCCCGUAAUAAGCGUGGAACUGGACGGGAGAUACAGGAACUCUGUGGAUCUUCUGGAGUCAGAGGAGGAGUCGGAGAGCACCGCCCUUUGAUUACCCACAAUCCUUCACUCCCCUUCACCGCACACAUGAUGUUGUAUUGUUCAUGUGAUCCUCUGCACUGAGCCACAGACAGGAUCUGAAGCGCUGUUCCCUUCGUCUUUGUGUUUUUAUGUAUUCGCAGUUUUUCCAUGUGGUUCGUUUUCUAUUUGCCUUAUCUGAGUUCUUGCACUUUUGCCUUGAAGUGUGAGAGACGUGUGUUCAGGUCACACAAACAGACAGAAACCGCAUUGUGAUUGUUAAGGGCUGUUCACACAACAUGUGUCAGGAAUUUACUGUUCAAAAGUGUGGGGUUAGUAGGAUUUUUUAUGUUUUUGAGUCUCUUCUGCUCACCAAAAAAUGCUGUAGAAACAGUAAAUAUUAUUGCAAUUUAAAACAGCUGUUUUC